AUGGACAUUGACGACAUCCUGCGCGAGGUUGACCCCGCCUCACAAUCCAUCCCGGCGGAAACUCGCGAUCUACAAGCCCUGACGCGCGCUUGGGUCGCCGAGCGUUCGUCUCCCGAAUUGCUUCACUGGCCCGCCGACGGCCUCUUCGAGCGUGUGAAUGAUCGCAUCAAGCAGCAGAUCGAGAGGGUUGAGGAAAUGACCGGCGACAUGGACCCCAAGACAAACUUCGCCCUAAUAGUGAUACAAACCGAGCUCGAACGCUUUAAGUAUCUCGUACGAAGCUACCUGCGUGCGAGGAUCGCCAAGAUCGAUAAGCAUACCCUACACUACCUGUCCAGUACGGACCUGAGAGCGCGGCUGUCCGAGACAGAGCAGGCCUAUGCCACACGGCACCAGGCGUUGUUGCACAAUCACUAUUUAUCUUCCUUCCUGUCCGCCUUCCCUCCCGCACUACAGAAUUUGAACGACACGGCCGGAAACAUUAGCAUGAUUGACGCCCCUGACCUUGACACUGCUGUCUUCAUUCGCCUUCUUAAAGAUACUCUUGUCGAAGGCCAUGGGACUGAUAUGGAUGGCUCCUUGAAUGGCAAAAAUGGCGAUGUUGUUAUUCUUAGGUGGUCUGACGCGAAAUCACUAGUAGAAUCUGGUCAUGCCGAAGUCAUAUGA